GUGUUUUCUCACAACGAUAAAUAAUUCACCUUCCUGGUUUGACGGCUACCUUGUCAGGAGGAAACUGAAGUGUAGCGUCUGAAGUCGAACACAGGGACUGUGAGUGGGUCAUCAGGUAGUCUCCCUAUGUCAGGCCGAAACGGGUCUGCAAGUGAUGCAGACUGCCGGAUCUCUGAGGACUGCCGUGUCCCAGAUGUUGAGCUGAUGGAGCUGGGGCCGCUGCUGGAGGAGGGAGGGGGGCGACAGGCAGCGUCUAAAGGCUUACAUUCUGAGGGAGCGGCAAUGCUUGCUGACGAGGAAGAGGAGGACGAUGAGGUGGGAGAGGUGCUGACUUUACCUCUUCAGGCUCACCACGCCAUGGAGAAGAUGGAGGAGUUUGUGCACAAAGUGUGGGAGGGGCGCUGGAGGGUCAUCCCUUUUCAUGUCCUGCCUGAGUGGCUGAAGGACAACGAUUACCUCCUGCAUGGACAUCGGCCUCCCAUGCCCUCAUUCAGGGCCUGUUUUGGGAGCAUCUUUAGAAUUCACACUGAGACAGGAAACAUCUGGACUCACCUGUUAGGGCUGAUCUUAUUCCUCUGUCUGGGCACACUAACCAUGUUGAGGCCGAACAUGUACUUCAUGGCCCCUCUGCAGGAGAAGGUGGUUUUUGGGAUGUUCUUCCUGGGAGCUGUGCUCUGCCUCAGCUUCUCCUGGCUUUUUCACACCGUCUACUGCCACUCUGAGAAAGUGUCUCGCACCUUCUCUAAACUUGACUACUCGGGCAUUGCCCUCCUGAUCAUGGGCUCCUUUGUGCCCUGGCUGUACUACUCCUUUUACUGCUCCCCUCAGCCUCGACUUAUCUACCUCACCAUUGUAUGUGUCCUUGGCAUUGCCGCCAUCAUAGUGGCCCAGUGGGACCGGUUCUCUACACCUCGUCACAGACCUACAAGAGCAGGUGUGUUCAUGGGUCUUGGUCUAAGCGGCAUUGUCCCCACCAUGCACUUCACCAUCGAGGAGGGCUUUGUGAAGGCCACCACGGUGGGACAGAUGGGUUGGUUCUACCUGAUGGGGGCCAUGUAUAUCACUGGUGCUGGCCUGUAUGCAGCCAGAAUUCCUGAACGCUAUUUUCCUGGAAAGUGUGACAUCUGGUUCCAUUCUCAUCAGAUUUUCCAUGUGCUGGUGGUAGCCGCAGCGUUUAUCCACUUUUACGGGGUUUCCAACCUGCAGGAGUUCCGCUACGGCCUUGAGGGAGGAUGCACAGAUGACUCUCUACUCUGAGAGGCUCAACUGUGACUUACUCAUACUUUACUUUAUACUCACACACACAAACACACACACACACUUAAAAUGCUGCUGGAAUUCAAUAUAGUCACUUACUGCUCCUUCUGUAAUUCUGAUUUGCUAAUUUGGUGGACUUUCUGUUCGGCUCUUUUUGCUCUGAUAAAGUAGCAUUAACUAGCCAUUGAACUACGGAGGGAAUCUCCAACAGACACUACUAGUUCAGCAAUUCAGAAACUUGAAGUUUGCAUUUCCCACUGAGGUCAAAAUGAGGUCUUAACCAAAAUCACAGACUCCAUUAGCUGAUGGUCAUUUAUGAGUAGCUCCUUUAGUACCCCAACCUCUCCAUUGUGUGUUUCCAUUUCAUACAGGGUACAGUGAGUAUGAUUUGUACUGUAGCAGAGGGCCAAUACUGUAAACCAUUCCUUUCUUCCCCACAGUUUCCAUGCAGGUUAGAGGAUGAAUGUAGAGUCAACCAGGAGUGAAGUGUAGUGAAAUCCAGGACCGUGUUAAUAGGUUGAGGGCCCACAGGCUUGUUUAUGUGAGAGAUGAGAGUUAACACUUCAAAAGUUGUACAAAUUAUUGUGUAGCUUAAUUUUUCAAAAACCACUGGGGGACCAGGAAACCCACCCAUGCCUGCUCUGCAAUAAAAUAUGAAAUGUCCCCAGAGGCCCUUAAAACCCACUGAAACAAAAUGAAAUACAUUAUUAGACAUGACAAGAGUAGAAUACCAUAAAAUCUGGCCUAUAGGUUGAUCUGAGGGGAAAAUAACAGUUUGUAUUGCUUAUUAAAAAUUCCUCUGUAAAUGAAGAGGUUGAAUACUUUAAAGUUCUCAGUGUUUAAAGUGCUAGAUCUUUCUCUUCAAUUUGUUUGAUGCUUUGCUUAAAUUUACAGACGCCCCCAGAAAUGGUUUUCAAGUAAAGAAUGGCAACAUGAAAGAACUCCCAGGUCAUUUUUAGUAGGAGAACAUAUUUAUUGAUUCCGCACAAUGUACAGAUCUGGUUAGGUCAAAUUGCGCUUUCCUUGUGUAGAGAACUUUCUUUUGUGCUAGAUUUCAGAUGCAAUGAGAGGUGUAAGUAUCAGAUGCACCUUAGUGUAUAUUAAAAAAUUCAAAACUUUAAAUCACCGUUGGGGUUUCAGAGGUGUUCUGUAUGAUAUAAACUUUUAGUAUUCCUGUGCCUUAGGCCUACGGAAACGUUUUUAAAUAAAAUGGCCUAUCUUAACAGUCAAGGGAGCUUCAAGGAUUUCCAGAUCUUGACUUUUCUUGUUUUCCUUGCCAUAUAUACAAUCAAAUCAUUAUUGAACUUACAACUCCACUGAUAGGUUGUAUCAACUGCUGUUUAAGACUCCUUUUUCUAGAUCAACUUAUUCAAGCUUUAUUACAAAGACUAAAACAAUGUGUAUUCUUGACUUUGUGUAAUGUCCUGUGUAGAAAGUGAUAAAUCAUACAUUUCACUGAAAUGUAAACAUAAAUAUUUAUUAAUGGUUAUCUUGGAAAAUUAUUGUAAUAAAUUUUUUUCCAC